GAUUUCAUCACCAGUCUAGAAAAUACUACUAUUUCUUUACCCACCCAUUAGGAGAAUACAAACACAGUCUUUUCCGCAUAUCGAUACCCUUCCAUUGAAUCUGGUGCGUACCUAACCAUCGAUUGAAUCAGGCAUCUAUACAAUACACAGAGUCUUGAUCAUCAACUAUCCGACAAAAUGCCACCAAAGAAAGGAAAAGGCCAACCGGAUCAGCCUAAAAAGGCGCCGGCCACAGUGGCAGACAAGACUUUUGGAAUGAAAAACAAGAAGGGAGCCCAGGCGCAAAAACAAAUCGAGCGAAUGCAAACUUCGUAUAAAGCUGGAGGCACUCCCGAUGAAAAGAGACGACAGGCCGAGAAAGAGCAACGAGAGCGAGAAAAGAUAGCAUCAGAAGCGGCAAAGAAAGAGGCAGCUGAAUUAUUCAAGCCUGUACAAGUUCAGAAAGUCCCAUUUGGUGUCGAUCCCAAAACAGUUCUCUGUCAAUUUUAUAAGAAGGGCCAUUGCGAGAAGGGUAGGAAGUGUAAAUUCUCACACGACCUUAACAUUGAGCGCAAAUCAACAAAAAUUGAUCUUGCGCAAGAUCCCAGAGAGGCAGAAGCAGAGAAGAGAAAAGAAGAAACUUCAGACGAUUGGGACGAAGAGAAAUUGCGCUCCGUUGUAUUAUCGAAGAAGGGAAAUCAAAAAACUACAACAGAGAAAGUUUGCAAAUUUUUUAUCGACGCUGUGGAGGAGGGAAAAUAUGGUUGGUUUUGGACAUGUCCAAAUGGAGGAGACAAGUGUAUGUACCAACAUAAGUUACCACCAGGAUUCGUCCUUAAAACCAAAGAACAACGUGCUGCAGAGAAGGCUCUUAUGGAUAAAUCACCUCUAAAGACACUUACUCUUGAAGAUUUCCUUGAGUCCGAACGGCACAAGCUUACUGGCACAUUAACACCGGUUACGCCAGAGACGUUUGCUAAAUGGAAAGCCGAGCGUAUGGACAAGAAGGCUGGUGAAGAACAAGCCAGACUUGCCAAGGAAGCUACUGGUCGUGCCAUGUUCGAGAAGGGAGAUUGGGAAGCCAGCGGAGAUGAAGAUGAAGGCGAUGAUAAUGAAGAUGAUGCAUGGAAUAUGGAGAGAAUGCGACGAGAGACUGAGGCUUUACGUGAGAAGAAGGAAGCAGAGCGCUUGGCCAACUUGUAUGGUGGAGCAGCCCCAAGUAGUAACGAAGUUGCACCUCAGAUUGUCGAACCUGUAGCCAACGAGGAGGGGGAAGCCUCCUAAUUAAUUCAAGACACGACAAAAAAAAGUCAUUACUUGAAAUCAAUUUUUGAAUUUUAGCGUCAUUCGAAAUGGGAAUGUGAAAUUGGAUUAUGGGAUUUACUUUGGAGAUUUUGGUUUCAUCGAGAACAGUCCUCGAAAUUGAGGCUCAUGGGACACCUCUGUACCCGCCGUUUCCUGCCACCACCACGAGAAUCAAUCUUUAAGAGAAUUGGCAUUUGCAGCCA